AUGUCUUACGAUACUGAGCAUGGCGGCCGCGCGGUUCCCACUCUCGUCCAGUGUUGUCAGCGCGGCUUUACGAGGCUGGGAGAAGGUCUCCGGAAAGAUCUCAUUCUCCCCGUCCUCAAUAGCUGCACCGCGGAAACCCUGUGGCAACUUGAAGAGGAGGAUCCUGUACGCCUACCUACUCCCUCCCGCUAUAUCUGGAAGCGGCUAUGUUGCAAGCAAUAUCCUUUGCUGGUCCGUGACACCGACGAGGAUGAGCCAGAAUGCGGGUCGUGGAAAGAAGAAUUCGCAAGGUGCCAAGAAGAGGACGCAAACAAGCUCGAGAAAGCGGCAGCUAGACUGAGAGAAAAGCGCCAGCUAGAUGAGGAACAGCGCAAAGCAUCCUCGAUCAAGAUCACCGACAGACUCCCUCCCGCUGCCAAACGCGCCCGCUGGGGCGCCUCCGCGCCCAAGACGCUGUUCCAGAAGACGCGCACUCAUGCUGCGAACAUGCAAAAAGGCGUCUUCAGCGCGCUCAUGACGCGCCCGGCAUUUCAGCAGCGCACCCUCGUGAGCCACGCCGUCAGUGCACGUCCGCCCCCGCCUUUGACGUCGACGUCGGCCGCAUCUGGCUCUCGGGUGACUGUGAGAGCCGUGGCAGUCCCACGUAAUCCUCCCAAGGUUAACCGGGCGCCGAGCGCGCCGUCGAAGGUGGCGGGUCCGAGCAAGCCUGCGCUUGCUGUCUCUCGGUCCAUGGAUGUUGACCCGAGCACGCCCGUCGCAUCGGCUACUAGCCCUCCAGAAGUCCCUUCGUCCCCGCCCGAUGGUCGGUCGCCGCCGCCCCGGCCAGUCGGAAAGAAGAACCCUGCGUCUGUGCUCUUCAUGCCCAAAAACCGGGCCUAUUCGCAACUGCCGGCGCGCGGGGUCCGAUCGAAAUCGUAG